AUGUUCGAAUUCGAACUGAAUAUUGAAAGAUCGAUAAGAGAAGUAUCGGAAGCGAUUGUUAAUCGUAUUGAAGAUAUGUUUGAGCAAAUGAUUGAUACAAAACGGAAAUUAAACGACUUUCUAUAUGACAUCGAACCAUGGAAAGAAUUUAUUUCUCCUCAUUGGUUUGAUUUGAUAAAACGGAAACAACGAGAAUUUGAUCGGGAGUCACUAGCAACGCAGCCAAGAUUUCGUGUAAUUGAUCAUGAUUUACACCCAAAAUUAGAAGAAAACCCAAACGCUUGUGUUAUUUAUCAUGCGAAGAAUGGCCAUAUUGUAACAAGAGACUUUUACGAAUAUUCACUAAAAAAGCUUUCAAAGAAGGACAGAGAUGAUAUUUUGAAGGAAAAUUCAACCCUAACUCGCAGAAGUCUUUUGGAUCGACACAAGCAAUUCAUGGAAGCAAAUUGCACCGGUGAACUGUCCAAAGACGAUUUCAAAAAUGAAUUCAAAAAACUUUUUCCUAAAGGAAAUUCAGAAAGCUUCUGCGAUUAUGUGUUUCGAACGAUUGAUGUUGAUAAGGGUGGCCAAAUCAGCUUUACCGAGUUUAUGAAAGCUGUUGCUCUUACACAAACAGAGGAUUUAGAUAUUGGUCUUAGUCUGGUGUUCUUUGUUUGUGAUGAUGACCAUUCUAAAGAAAUUAAUGCUAGCAGAAUUAUUGAAUUUAUCGAAGUCAUAGCAGAGCUGCAUGCCGGCGAAACAGCGGUAGAUACGAACAGAGCAAAAUCCAUUGCUAUGGAAAUUAUGAAUUCUUGUCAGAAAGCUAAAGAUGGGACAGUGACAGAGAUGGAAUUUAUUCAGUGCUGUAAAAAGGACAUCGAUAUCGCAAAAGCUUUUUUACCACAACUAGAAGAUUUUCCUGUCUACGACUUCGAUUUUGGUUUUUAA